AUGUCUAGAAUUAGAGGAAUAGAAGUUAAAGUGCAGAAGGAUGUGUUACAGACACGUAAAUAUGGCCUUAACGAAAUUCUUAGAAAGAAGAAUGAUGAUCAUUCUGCAAACUCGAAAGAUGAUGCUGAAAAACGCCAAAUAAAAGAGCUUCUACACAAACUGCCAGGGUUAAACAAAAUAUUUGAAGUUCACCGAAAGAUCGGUGAGGGUACAUUCAGUUCAGUGUAUCUGGGUUCAUUGAGACAGCAUGCCACACUAAGUGAUUCUGAGAAACGAUGGUUUGCAAUCAAACACCUCGUGCCCACUGCACAUCCUGCAAGGAUAGAGCAUGAACUACGCUGUUUGCGAGACAUUGGGGGCAAGGAGAAUGUGAUAGGAGUGGAACUGUGCCUUCGUAAUUUAGAUACCAUAGUAUUUAUUAUGCCUUAUAUACCUCAUAAGAAAUUUUCUGAGUACGUGGGAGAUAUGGAUGCGGAAGAGUUGCGGCAGUACAUGCGCGCGCUUCUGAUUGCUCUGCGCCAUGUUCAUUCGUUUGGUGUCAUACAUCGUGAUGUCAAGCCCAGCAACUUCCUGUAUGACCGAGACAAUAGAAGGUAUUUGUUGGUCGACUUCGGUCUCGCCCAACGUCUUUGUCCCGCCUCGGAGAGCACGUCCACGGACCGAGUGCCGCCUCCCGCGCAUUCUAAUGGUGCUCGCAAGCGGACCAGAGAGGAGGAGGAGAUCGCAUCGAGCGCCAAGCGCCUGGCGCUGGACUUGAGCGGCGGUCGGCAGGCCGGGCCGGUGGCGGUGGCGGCCGGGCCGGGGGCGGUGGCGGCCGGGCCGGGGGCGGUGGCGGCCGGGCCGGGGGCGGUGGCGGGCUCGCCCCGGCGCCAGGCGGCGGCGCGCUGCGCAUGCGCCGGCGCGGCGGCCGUGUGCGCGGCGUGCAGCGCUCGCCCCGCGCCGAGGGCGCCUCGCGCCGGCACGCAGGGGUUCCGCCCUCCCGAGGUGUUGCUGAAGUACCCCCACCAGACGACAGCGGUAGACGUGUGGGCGUGCGGCAUCGUGCUAGCGAGCGCGCUGACGGGGCGAUACCCGUUCUUCCGCGCCGGAGAUGACGUGGCGGCGCUGGCCGAGCUCGCCGACCUCCUGGGCACCGGGGCCCUGCAGUACGUCGCCGAGGCUCUCGGUCGUCGUGUGGUGACAUCGCUGUCCCGCCGCGGGCUCUGUCUGCGAAAGCUGGCGGCGCACCUGCGGGGCGGGGGAGGGGGCGGGGCAGGGGGCGGGGGGGCCAGCCGAGAGCCGUGCAGGCGCUGCCGUUUGCCCCAGAACCAGUGCCUUUGUCGGGACGAAACUAAAAAUGCGGACGAAUUCGACCCGACGGUGUUCGUGGCCGGUUUCCCGGACUCGGCGUUCGCGCUGGCGGCUCGGCUGCUGGACCCCAACCCGCGCACGCGCAUCUCUGCGGCGGCCGCCCUGGACCACCCCUUCCUCGCCGAGGAGCCCGCGCCGCUCUGA